AUGGGCAAGGUCAUCAUGACCGUCUGCUCCGCCAAGAAGACUGAGCGCUUCGACCGCAUCACGGUGCCGAUCGAGUUGAAAAUGCAGAACGGCCCCACGAUCGAUGGUGCGCGCAUUCACUAUUCUGGCGGAGCUUACAAUGAGGACGAGUACACGCCUGUGCCCACUAUCAAGGCUGGGGAGACUCUCGACGUCGAGGUGAGGCUACGGUCACAAUGGCAUAUGACCAUCGCCGACAUUCCUCGCCGCUUCUCCUUCAAGCUCAAGUCCGCCAACGGAUGGAUCCUCGCCAAGGAGACAAUCAAUGUGGACCACGCUUGGUAUGUCUCCUCUGCACUCAACAAGACCUUCGACCCUGCACCGUACGGUCUAAAGAAAUUCAAUGCGCUCAUCUUCGGUACCAUGGGCUCGGGCAAGUCAUCGUUCGCCAACUCGAUCUUUGCGCUUAUGUCUGGUGCCAAUUCGGACGAGGCGCUGCCCUGCGCACAGCCAGUCCACGGCAGCGACGAUCACUGCACGGUCUCGCUCCGCUGCAUCGAUGCCGACGGCCUGCCGCUACGUAUGUGGGACACCAAGGGCCUGACGACCGAGAAUUACAAGGGUCCCGAACUCGAGGCGAUUAUGAAGGGGUCGCUGCCCCACGGUUGGGACAUGGACCGCCACAUUGACCAGACGAUGCUCUCCGAGUCGCCUGACUCGAAAGUCGAGGUGAUACGCUUUGGCCGCACGCCGCACGCCGUCGUCUUUAUGUUGCCCUAUGGCGAGCUUGACGAUACCGACGGCGAGUUCAUGCAGAAGAUCCUCGAUCAGUUCAGCAAGAUUGUGCGCCUCGGCAUCAACCCGAUCGUGUUGGUCGCAAAACUCGACGACGCGGACAAGAAGGUGCGCGCGGAUCCGUGCGCGUCAAACGGCACCAAGGGCGCCAAGCUCAAGGCCGCAGCCGAAUUUCUCGGCAUCCCCGUGGGUAACGUCUACCCGUGCAUCAACUACCUCGACCUGUCCAAGUCGUUUGAGAUCGACCGCAACCUCGCCAUCAUCCUGCACCGCAUUCUGUCGAUGGCGAAGCAACGCUGCGAAAGCCUUCAGCGCGAGGCUAGCAACGCCGCGCGUAUGAAUGAUCAGACGACGCUGCCGCCGAUCUACCGCAAGAUCGGCGAGCUGGAGACGGCCCUCGCCGAGGCCAGCACGCGCGCGGAGAAGGGCGAGGCCGAGCGUGUGACUGCCAUCGCUCGGGCUGAUGAGCUGGCUGAGAAGCUCGAGGCGGCCGUGCGCGGCUUGCAGGCUCGAGACAAAGCCGCCCAGCGCAAGGCGUGCAUCUGCCUCAUUGGCAUCGUCAUCGUCGCCUCCCUCGUCGUCGUGACGUUUGUGGCGCCGGGCUGGUUCGCCACCGCCGCGACACCGACGACGGAGCUCUCCCUCCCCACGAUUGAAGACAGCCGCACCGCCGAGGAUUUUGUCAGAUGCAACGGCUCCGUGGCGCUUGGCGAACUGUCGGUUGUGGCUGCGACGCCCCCUUGCCUCCAAGAGAUGGAGGCGGCUGCAGGCGCGCUCGUUGCGCUCGUUGCCGCCGCAAAGCACCGCUCUACCUUUCUGGGCACUGCGUGCUGGCAAGCCUUGGUCACGCUUGUUGUUCUCGUCGGCGGCGCCGCUUGGACCUUUGGUACGAUGCACACCACACCAACGCCCGUUGGUAAGGACUCCAAGCCGUGCUCCGAGCCUGACAAGAACUCCGACUCCGAGUCGUUCGAGGAGGUCGGGCACUUCGAUGUUGCGCUAUCUGGAGAACGCAUUCGCUCUCUCGACCCCUAA